CAAGAACUGACCAUGAAGGCACUCGCUCUUCUCCUCUGCCUGGUCUUAUUGACCUUCUGCACAGAAGCAAAUCCUCUGGUGAAGGAAAACUUCGCAAAGCAACUUCUCCGCAGUAAGAGACAGAAGCCAGGUUAUCCAGAUGAGCCGAUGAGGGAACACAUGUUGUAUCUGCAGCAGUUGGAGCUGAGAGCUCGUGAGACGAAUCUUGAAAACUGGCUGAAUCCCCAUUGCGCUCCUCGCUGUAACCGUAACUAUGGUUACCCUGUGUAACCAUCCAACAACUCCAUCAGUAUGAAGAUGGUGUUGAAGAUUAUGAAGAUGAAGAUGACGUCGAGCCUUGAAAAUGUUGAUUUUUAGCUUAUUUGCAUCAAAUACAGCAAAAAUAAUAAUCUCCACUCACAUCUCCUACAGUAGCCUAUUCAUUGCAGCAUGUUUAUUAACUCAACACUAGGCUUUCCUCCCUGUGUAGAUGCAUGCAUUUAGAGACUGAUGCAAAAAUAAUAAAAAAAAAG